CCCGCCAGUUCCGCCACUAUAAAAGCCACCCACCAAAAUAUAUAUAUAUAUAUAUAAUUCAAUAGGACAGUAACUGAUUGUAGAGAAUUAAUAUAAAAAGGGCAGUAAUUGCAUAACGAUUCAUGUUUAUAGUCUCCAACCACCGUCGAGUUUCAUAAUAGUCUGGCAAAUUCUCUAGCAUUGUGUUACCUCAUUAUUACGAUUUUGUUUGGUAUCAUUUAUGUAAUAGAAAAUGGUUCGCACCCUGGAAGACAUGAGGGGUGUUGAAGGCUCCUCCGUCAGGGUUGGGGCCACUGGCACGGUCAGCACCCUCAUGACACGGGAACUAGACUCCAUGAAAUGCACAUCACAGAAAACCUCUUUAUCUUGUAAAAGAAAACCCCCAACUGCCCCAGUUUCAGUCUCUUGUGGUGUGUGUAGUAUUAAAAGGUCACAAGCAACAAGAAUUUCAUCUAACAAUGCAACAACAAAAGGCAGCAUGAGCCAUACUAAUCAUACAAGGCCAGGAAGCAGCAGCACCCAGAGAAGAAGAUGCAAUGCGAGGCGUGCUGUUCAUCGCUUUCCUUUGCUCGGUUCAUCGGACAAUUCUUUAGGUACAACUCCUGAGAGAGGCAAACCUGGGAAGAGAGGGUCUCAUAUUGUUGAAAUUGUGGACUUGGACUGUGGGAUAUUCAAUAGAGCUCGGUAUCGUCCUAUUACCAACAAACUCUAGAAGUUCAGGACUUGCAUGGUUCAGUAUUCUGAGUACAAAAAUCUUAAGUUUUUUGUAUUAUGUUUUAGACAUGAAUAUUGUAAGUUGGAGGAUUCAAUGCUGAUAUGCUCAGCAAAUAUGUUCUAUAUAUAUAUAUAUAUAUAUAUAUAUAUAUAUUUUAACAGCAACACUUGAUGUUAUAGACUUGGAUUGAAGCAUCCAAUUCUCAUAAAACAUUAGAAUUGGAUGAUUUGCAUUUUUCUCAAGACUCCUUUCAGAAAAGAUCUGAUUCCUCUUAUGU